AUGAAAUACAAACAAAUGAAUGCGAGCGUGAAAAGUAAAAAAGGAAAGCAAAUAUUGGAGUCUUCGCUUCGUUCUGUGAGCAAUAUGCUUACGCGCAAAAUCAAUGCUGUCAAGUGCAUUCAUGCGACAGCAGAAGAUUUGGCGAGAAACUUCAACUACACUUAUGAUAAAUCUGUUCCAUACGAUUAUUGUUCAGCAAAAUAUUCCAAGUUCUUCUAUGAAGAUGAAAACGAUGAUCCUGAUCCAAACAGUGAGGAGAAGCUUCCAAAAUAUGUUUUGAACAGCACACACUAUACCAACGUGUCGUUGGAGAAAGAUUCACAUUUCUACAACAUUAAUGUUAACACAAAUACCAGUUGUGUUCACGUUCCCACCAAUAUAUUUGAUGAAGAAACGAAUGCCCGGAACGCUAUCUUAUGGUCAAAGGGUCUUAAUGAUAUAUUUUUAAAAAACUAUAAUUCCGAUCCGUCGUUGUCGUGGCAAUAUUUUGGUAGUUCGCAUGGAAUACUGCGUUUCUACCCUGGCAUGAGGUGGAACACUAAAGAAGUGGACACAUACGAUUGCCGUGUGAUGUCUUGGUACAUUGAAGCCGCGACUUGCUCCAAAGACAUGAUUAUUCUGUUCGACGUAUCGGGCUCGAUGACUGGAUUUAAAAACUAUGUGGCAAGAAGAACACUACGUUCACUAUUGGAUACACUGUCAAACAACGAUUACGUGAAUGUUUACACGUUUAAGAACACUACAAACUUUGUAGUCGACUGUUUUUUAGACUUAGUUCAAGCAACUCCUGAGAACCUACAGACUCUAACUGAUACCCUUGAGCCGACGGACGAGGGAAAGACUCAUAAAGUGCCCUUAGAGGGUUACGCAAAUUUGACGACGGCGUAUAUUAAAGCUUUUACAGCACUUAAGAAGAGACGAGACAAGUGCAACGUGAGCAGUACCCAGGGUUGCAAUCAGCUGGUGAUGGUAAUCACGGACUAUGUACCCGGUAACUUAACUGAAGUGUUUGAGGAGUACAACCGAGAGGUUAUCGGAGGGAAGACGUUCAUCCCUGUGAGAGUAUUCACGUACCUUAUUGGAAAAGAAGUAACGAAUGUUCGCGAAAUCCAAUGGAUGGCGUGUUUAAAUAGAGGUUACUUCGUGCACAUUCACUCCGUGGAGGAGGUGCAGCAACAAGUAUUGAAGUACAUUAAUGUCAUUGCGCGACCUAUGAUCUUGGAGAACAAGGAGCCGCCUCCGACCUGGACUCACGCCAACAUUGACUCUACGAGAACUAACAAGUGGGGUGUUAGUGGAGAUAUUUCAAAGCCUGAUGAAGACAAACUGGUGACAUCAGUUGCGAUCCCUGCAUUCGAUUACAAGUAUAAUGAGGAGAACAACGACGCUCUGUUACUCGGCGUCGCUGGGACCGAUGUGCCUAUUGACAGUAUCGCCAAGCUUGCUAAACCACAUCAGCUUGGUGUGAACGGCUACUCAUUCAUCGUCAGUAACAAUGGAUAUCUGUUGCUGCAUCCACUGCUGACAACUACUAUAAACAACGACCUUCAGAAGAACUACAAUAGUGUGGAUUUCGUGGAGGUAGAACAAGUGGACGAUGGUAAGGGAACUCGUGACCUUGGAGAUCAGAUCAAGAACUUGCGAAACUACCUCGUGGAAGGUGUGGAUGGGAACAUGACACAGGUCCCCGUACUCUACCACUAUGACAACAUGAGGAGAAUAGCUCGAGUGAGCCACGAUUACUUUUUCAACAAACUGGAAGGGACACCAUUUUCAAUGGGAAUAUCAUUGCCAAAGGGUUAUGGUGACACUGAAUUAUUGCUUAAAGAGAAUCCUUUAGAGGCGAAACAAGGCAAGGAACUGACUGGUAUCAACGUCACUGAUUAUUUCAGAUACAGUUUUAGAGUACAUCCAGAUUGGGUAUAUUGCAAGUACCACUAUCUGGAAGGUCACGAGUCAUCGAACUCUGAAGAGGAAGCGUGGAAGUUCUUAGUAGGUCUAUCCAAGAACGAAAUAGAUAUAACCAAGCAACAGUAUCCAGAAAAUGAAAAUAAAACGAAAACGUUUAGCUUAGAAACACACUGCGGCAUGACACCUUUGGGCAAAGACGAUUACUAUUGUAACGAGGAUCUAGUGAAGCAGCUGGUGUUCGAUGCUAAAUUGUCAGCUCCUUACUUUGAAAACUGGAUAGCAACUGACGAGCAAUGGGACCUGGCUCGAAAGUACAAUGUGAGCGUUCGGUUCAUAGCCACGUCGAGUGGGUUGACGAGGUGGCAUUACGUCUUCGAUUCAGACAAGAAUGAGGAGGUUGAUGAUCACGGCAACAGAAGGAAGGGAUAUGAUGGAGAUGUUUUUGGAGAUAUAUACCACAAUACAAUAGAGGAGACUUGGUACAAGGCAGCAGUGUUGCAACACAUGAUAAACAAGGAAUCGUUAGUCGUGGCCACACCUCUCCCAGUUCUCGACGACAUUAUCAAGAACCCACCGAAAGUUAUCAACGAAGAUGGAGACAUCACCUUGACUGCAAGCUACGCAAUCUUCUACAAGGACGAAACAUCAGAGACACCAGCAUCUGUUGUUGGCUUCCAAUACUCUUAUUUGAAAUUUUAUGAAAGAUUUUUAGAAAUAACCAAUAUUUCUAUAGACGGUUCUAAGGACCCAACAUGUGACCCAAAUUCCGAAAAAUAUGACUGUUACGUCAUAGACAGUUCUGGGUACAUCGUGCUGGCUAAGGAGAAGGAGAUCAUUGGCCAGUUCUUUGGGACAGUCCAGAAACACGUGUUACAGUCAUUCCUUGAGUUAGGCAUCUACGACCAUGUCGAGGUGUUCAACUACCAAGCUCUCUGCCCACUUUCUGCUCUGAUCAAGAAAAGUAAUUCUUGGACUUUGCGUACUCCGUUUAGUUUAGCCUUCAACUUCUUCCACUGGCUUGUGACAGAGGCUCUGCUACUACUCUCCAACCUUUACAACCCCAGCGAAUACGCAUACGCCGCAGUUGUAGAUGACCAAGACUAUAUCGAUCUAAUCAACCACGGGUACACAGAGGCGCCUACAACGACUGCAUCACCAUUACCGGAGAAUGAAACAGUCUCCACGAAAGACGAGGAAGAAGAGAGCCCUUUCUCCUGCGACCAUAGUAUCACACUUUUUAUACUGAAUCAGAAAUAUUUCUUGGAUGCCGCGGGAGCAUCGCCUGUUGUUCAGAAAGAUGAAGCAGGGGACUGUUGGCCAGCUUACUGGGCUGCCUACGUGCCUAAAACGAAUUUGCUCCUCGUGGUUGUUGAGAAGCAUGAUGACUUCGCCGCGAACUGCACGGAGCCACCCGACACUAAGCCGCAGCCCACGGUCAACUCCACCACCAGCCGGGAGCCGUGCCACAAGCUGAAACUAGGAGCUUUGCACAGACGACGUCUAGAGGGCUGCUACACUUAUCAUGAUGGGAGUUUUAAAUCAGCUCAAGUCGAAUCGAGAGAUGGAGAAAAAUUAGUCCAAAGUAUGUCAGACGAUAUUCGCGCCAUGAUGGAACUGAAAAUUAGCGCUGUCAAGAGGAUAGUAGAGGCUGCAGAAAAUAUGGCUUUUGAUAAACAAAACGAACCGGUACCCGAGGACUUUCAGUUCUACAAUAGUAAGGAGAUGGAAGAGCCUUGGGAUGAGGUGUCAAUCACCACUACACCAGAAACAGAUUUUGGCCAGGAAAGUUGGAUAGUACGACCACCAACAAAGAGUGCGCACACACAGCAAAACCCACACUUUUCCAACAUUCCAGUAAACACUAAUUUUAGCAGUGUGCACGUUCCAACAAAUGUUUAUGCUUGGGCUUUGAAAUGGAGGGCUGAUCCCGUGGACAUUUAUGAUUGUCGGACCCGAGCGUGGUACAUGGAAGCGGCUGCGAGUCCAAAGGAUGUGAUCAUUUUAGUCGACCGGAGCGGGUCAAUGACCGGUCAGCGACGGGAUAUCGCCAAACACGUUGUUACCAACAUACUUGACACACUCGGCAACAAUGAUUUCGUCAAUGUAAUGACAUUCGCAGACACCGUGGAGGAAAUCGUACCAUGUUUUGAGGAUUCUCUUGUACAAGCUACCCUGGGAAAUCUUCGGGAACUGAAAUUGGCAAUGGACAAUUUCGAAACACAGGAGAUAGCAAACUUUUCAGCGGCAUUGACGAGAGCCUUUGAGCUAUUGGAAAUAUACAGGAAUAACAGCGGCGGAGCUAACUGCAAUCAGGCCAUAAUGCUGGUUACAGACGGCGUGCCUUAUAAUUACAAAGAAAUAUUCGAGAAGUACAAUUGGAAAUAUGAUACCCCAGUGAGAGUGUUUACGUACCUGAUAGGGCGUGAGGUGGCAGAUGUGAGGGAGGUGAAGUGGAUGGCGUGUGCCAACCGAGGGUUCUACGUGCAUCUGAGCACUCUGGCAGAGGUGCGCGAGCGCGUGCUCGAACAUGUGAACGUGCUCGCGCGCCCCCUAGUGCUGCAAAGAGAGAAACACCCUGUCGUCUGGACUCCUGUUUACGCUAAUGUCACUGAUCCAAAAGUGGCCGAUUAUCUGUGGGAGCAACGCGAGCGAGCCGAACAAAAAGAGCGCUUCAUGAGCCAGCGACGUGAUAAAAAUCUCUUCAAUUCAGAUAAAGAACAGGACAGACGUUGGAGAAUAACUCAGAUGAAACAAGGCCAGUACAGUGAACUUGGAAAUUCUCAGUAUCAGUUAAUGACGUCAGUAUCUAUGCCGGUGUACGACCUGCGGCACAAUGAGAUCGGUGUCAACGGUUAUGCUUUCAUAGUGACUAACAACGGAUACAUAUUGAUACAUCCUGACCUGAGGCCCGUUUUCCAACAAAUUUUGAAGCCUAGCUACAAUAGCGUCGACAUGAUAGAAGUUGAAUUGUUCGAUGACGACCGUGGGCCCAGGAACUUUAGCAAGGAACUCACUGCCUUACGUAAAGAAAUAAUAGACCAGAAGACUGGCAACAAGGUGAUGAGCGUCAAGUACCAUCUCGACGAUAUGAAAAGAGUAUCACGAGCAAAAAGGCAUUACUUCUGGACUGGUAUCAGUGAUUCACCGUUCACGUUAGUCGUGGCCAUUCCGGAGAAUUAUGGACGGCAUCGUAUCACACCGCCACCCACUGAUGACAUACACAGACUCUCAUUGACCUCCAAGAACAUUUCGGCGAGGCAAUAUCUGUCAGACAAGUGGAGCGUCCAUCCUGACUGGUUAUAUUGUCGACAUUACGAGCGCACGUUUGCGAAUGCUGAAGAAGAAUUACUUUACUUCUUGGAACGAGUAGCCAAGCCAGGGUGGCGGUGGCCAGCCAAGCCUCGGCCCCCAGAACACCAUAAGAAUAAACCUGGACAUGAGAGGCAUAACAAUGGAACACCAGAGGCGAGGGAGAGGAACAAAGUAUCGAAUAGCACUCCUAGAAACGAAUAUUAUUGCGAUCAUGGCUUAAUGCAAGCUUUGGUGUAUGACGCCCGAAACACAGCCUGGUUCAACAAGAGUAUUUCCGAGUCCGCGUCAGACGAAAAGGCGGUCGAGUUCAUUCAACGCUUUGGAUACAUAGUGGCUUUCCUAUCGACACAUAGUGGUCUCACACGAUGGCAGACUCAUCCCCCAAAGGAGCAUGAUAAUGACAAACCAGAAUUUGGAAAACAGUGGCCACGAGCGAUCGAGGAAGUUUGGUACCGUCGAGCAGUGGAACAGCACUAUGUGGACCCGCUUAGUUAUGUAUACAGUGUCGAUCUGAGCACUGACAAGUUUCCUCUUAACGUCAGCUUGGCUAUGGUCACCGCUUCGCACGCGGUCUUUCAUGGAGACGGCCAUAGAAAAGCUCCAGCUGCAGUUGUUGGCUUCCAAUUCAAACACGAACGACUCAGCGAAUGGUUUGAUAAUAUUACUUCUUCGUGUGAACACAACAAGGAAUGCACAACCUGUCAAUCUGAUAGCUGGGACUGUUACUUGGUGGACAACAAUGGCUGGAUAAUAGUCAGCGAAGACUCGACGCAGACUGGACAAUUCUUUGGAAGGAUCCGACCAGAUAUUAUGGCAAGAUUGGUGGAAGAUGAGGUGUAUAAGGCAGUACACAUCGUAGACUAUCAAGCAGUUUGCUUCAGAGAAAAGAAAACUACGAACCCAGCUACAAUGCUCUUUACGCCACUCGAAAACUUGAGGCUCGUGAUGGCUUGGUUUAUAGCCACCACAGUCUGGUUCUACAACUGCAUUACGACAGGUUUGGCACAAGCAUCCAGCUACUCCUUGGACGACGAGAAUGUUACACCCACUGCAUACCAGAGUUACGAGAACGAUGAAGAGACAGACGACCCAAGUAUGUCGAAACCUCCAAACAUGCGAGUGUUGGAGAGGGAUUACGAGAAGCUGGUGUUAAUAAACCGGACCAGGCCAACUCCUUGUGACAGGGAGAUGUAUCUGUACCAGCUGACGGACUACAGCAACCUUGACGCGAAGCUGAAUAAACCUAUGACGGAAUGCAGCCGGCCCUUCUACGCACAGCAUGUGAACUACACGAAUAUGCUAAUGAUAGUUGUAGACGCCAACUGUCCCAAAGAAGAAGUGGCCGCCAUGUCAGUAGACGCGACUGAGGUGAACUACAACGAGUCGCUGCCCUGCUUGAAGCAUAUGCAUCCUUUGUACAGAAAGCAACCUACUUCGUGUAUCCGGAAUCAUAGUGAGGAAAGCAACAUCGACAUGUGUGGACGCGGCAGUUUACCGGGCAACAGCAAGACAUGGGUUACACUGAGUCUAUUUUUGAUACUUCGAUAUCUGGCGUAAAUUAUGAAAAUGCCCUUACAAGUGACGUAAAAAUACCCACAUACAUUUCAUGUUAGGUAAUUGCGAAAAACGAGUCACACUAAUGGUGUGAUCACAUUAAAAGCUAGCAAUAGAAUGUCUAGAUACAAGGUAGUGCAGUGCCAUCAGCUAACUGUUAAUGUGAACACACCUUUAUAUGCCUGCAAGGCUAACGAUAUCUUUGACAAAUGGGAGUUAAGUAGAAAAUAAUACUUAAUUACUUGCACCUUCUCCGUUUGUCAAAGUUGUCUAUAAUAGAAAAUAUAAUUAAUACCUGUGUUCUAUGUAACUUACCUUUAAAA